AUGGAGGCCCUCAAUGAGUCUGCCCAGUUCAACUUCUCCCUGCCUCACAACUUCGGCAAGCGGCCCACCGACUGGGCGCUGAGCGUUAUCCUGGUGAUCAUACUGUUAACCAUCAUGCUGUCGCUGGGCUGCACCAUGGAGUUCAGCAAGAUCAAGGUGCACUUCUGGAAGCCUAAGGGGCUGGCCAUCGCCCUGGUGGCGCAGUACGGCAUCAUGCCCCUCACUGCCUUUGCACUGGGCAAGGUCUUCCAGCUGAACAACGUCGAGGCACUGGCCAUCCUGAUCUGCGGCUGCUCGCCGGGGGGGAACCUCUCCAACGUCUUCACUCUGGCCAUGAAAGGGGACAUGAACCUCAGCAUCGUGAUGACCACCUGCUCUACCUUCUUUGCCCUGGGCAUGAUGCCCCUCCUCCUGUACAUUUACUCCAGGGGCAUCUAUGAUGGGACCCUGAAGGACAAGGUGCCCUAUGGCAACAUCAUGAUAUCACUGAUCCUGAUUCUCAUUCCUUGCACCAUAGGCAUCAUCCUCAAAUCCAAACGGCCACAAUACGUACGUUAUGUCACCAAGGGAGGGAUGAUCCUCCUGCUUUUGUGCAGUGUGGCUGUCGUAGUGCUCUCUGUCCUCAACGUGGGCAAGAGCAUUUUGUUUGUCAUGACACCACACUUGCUGGCCACCUCCUCCCUGAUGCCUUUCAUCGGCUUCCUGCUAGGCUACGUUCUCUCUGCUCUGUUCCGCCUCAACGGACGGUGCAGACGCACUGUCAGCAUGGAGACUGGAUGCCAAAAUAUUCAACUCUGCUCCACCAUCCUCAACGUGACCUUCCCCCCUGAAGUCAUUGGACCACUUUUCUUCUUUCCUCUCCUCUAUAUGAUUUUCCAGCUUGGAGAAGGGCUUCUCCUCAUUGCCAUCUUUCGGUGCUAUGAGAAAAUCAAGCCUUCCAAGCAUAAAACAAAAAUGAUCUACAAAGCUGACACAACUGAAGAAACCAUUCCAACAGCUCUGGGAAAUGGCACCCACAGAGGGGAGGCGUGCCCCCCUUGCACAGCCUAG